CCACUGUGUAUCUCAUCCCUUCUCUUCUCUCUGCUCUCUGGUACUAAGUCACAUUUUGUAAUCCUUAUUGUAAGCAGACAAUUUCACUCCAUUCUUGAAGACAGCCAUUUUACUGGAGGAGAAAAGAAAUCUCAUUAAUUUAGACAGUCUUUGGCUCAGGUUUUAAGCUUGAACUGCUGCCUGUGACUUGAAGGUCUUGCUCCUCUAUCCAGAACCAGCAAUGGGCAACUCCAAGAGCAGUGCAAUGUCCAAGGAGAUCCUAAAAGACCUGAAACUAACAACGAAUUUUUCAGAGAACGAGCUCAGCCAGUGGUACGAGAACUUCCAGAAGCAAUGCCCAUCUGGACGCAUCGCACCGAAUGAAUUUAUGCAGAUCUACAAUCGUUUCUUUCCUGACAGCGACGCCACUACAUACGCCAAACACGUCUUUCGAUCAUUUGACACAAAUGACGAUGGGACAUUAGACUUCAAGGAAUACAUAAUUGCUCUGCAUAUGACAUCAGGUGGAAAAACAGAGAGGAAGCUGGAGUGGGCUUUCUCACUGUUUGAUGUUGACAAGAAUGGCUACAUCACCAAGGCAGAAGUAACAGAAAUUUGCAAUGCUAUUUUUAAGAUGAUUCCCAAGGAAGACCAAGAGAAGCUUCCAGCAGAUGAAAACACACCAGAGAAGAGAGCAGAGAAACUGUGGUCUUACUUUAAAAAGAAAGACAAUGAGCGGUUGGCUGAAGGGGAGUUUAUUCAGGGAGUGAUGGAUAAUGAUAAUGCCCUCCAUCUAAUCCAGUACAACCCCCUCAAAUAAAAAAAACAUAAAGGUGGACCCAUUCUGGGGCUUCAAGUUACUUUGUAAAUAAAAUGAUUUGCGAUUUCCUCAGUUUUUGCAGUUGAGCUGAAAGUCUUUGAGUUGUGUAAUACACAUUAGUACUAUUAAGAGGCAGGUGGAAUUGAUCAUUUAUUGUGUUAGCUUCAUAUCGGUGUGUUGGUCUGUAGAUACUGUCUGUUGUAUAUUGACCACCAGUGCCACCAGGAGGAGGCGUAGUAGAUAUUUAAAUCUCUGUCUCUGUCUCUUUGUUUCUGAUGGAAUAAAAUUUUGAAAAAAGUGUGAAGUAA